CACUGGGAGAAAAGCAGACACAAUAAAAACCAGCUGACGUGCCGUGCCGCCGCGUGACGUAGACGGCUCGGCAGCGUCACAAUUGACGUCGCCUGCAUUCCAGUCGCUCUAUGGAGAUACCGGCGAUCAUCCAAUAGGAGAGCAGCUCUCGCCAAACUCCCCACCCCCCUUUCCUUAAACAUAAAUGACGUUCACAAAGUGAGGAAUUGUACUGUUAUCUGUCUGCACAUAAACAAAGGCACAUUGCUUUCGGAGGAGAGACCUACAAAUACAAGAGGGGCUAAAGAAGACUUCCUCGCACUUUUCCUCUAUUGAUGAACUCGCGUUAAGAGGAAGGAUCCGACUCUGCACUACAGCUAAAUCAUUUACCGGGAGUGAUAUUUUAAAGACAAGUUUUUCUGUACAACAUCCAUGAUUUGGACCGGACACCUAUACACAACUCGGACGGCUAUUUGAUUAUAUGUAAAAACGGAACCGUCACAGCAAUCAAAUCUUGGUUCGGAAGAGCUUUCCCCGCCGAGCCGGAGCUCCGAGUCACCCCAGCGAACAGCUGACAGUUCCCAGCCCGGAGGCACCACCACGACAGUGGCCGAGCCUCUGGCAGCAGCUCACCGAGCCAACAUUCAGCGUGCUACAUAUCACCGCCCUUCGGCACACACAGGUACACACUGGCACACACACUGGAGGCGACAUGGUUGUAUGUAAACAACAGAAUACACGCACAAGUGUGUCAUACACGUGAAGACAUGCCCUGUGUGCAAACCCAAUACAGCUCUUCGCCACAAGGUGCCAGUUUUGCAGCUCAGAACUACGCUUAUGCUGGGGAUUACAGCUCGGAUUUAGUGCAUACUGAAUCACCUUACAUGAAAUUUGGCAUGGACCUGGGGAGCACCGAAAUCACAGCCACCACCUCCCUGCCCAGUUUCAGCACUUUCAUGGAGACUGGGUACUCUGGCAGCUAUGAGUUCAAACCAUCGUGCGUCUAUCAAAUGCACUCUUCCUCCUCACAGAGACCCUUCAUUAAACUGGAAGAUUCUCCCCAUCACAACUAUCAGCCAUCGAUCCAACAUCAAACAGAGGACAUCAUGCCUUCGACCUCCAUUUACUUCAAGCAGUCUCCUCCAUCAACCCCCACCACGCCUCAGUUCACAACUCCACAGACCUCCUUGUGGGAUGAGCCUCACACGUUACCUCCAGUGACCCAGACUUGCAUGGCCACAGGUCAUAUCUUAGAUGCUCCAAUGAAGACCGCCCCGCCCAGGUUUCCGCUGUUUGCCUUCAAACAGUCCCCACCACACUCCCCAGCCUCCAGCAGCCACAUGUGUUACGAACCCACCUUGAACAUGUCCAUAGGAGCAGAAAGUACUUCUGCACAAGCUGUGAUGGACACUCGCCAGUAUCCCCUGCAUUUAGUCAAGGGCUCGGGUUUGGGCUAUCACCCAAUGCCCCUCAGUCAGAGUGCCCAGAGCUUGCCGUCUCCCCCCAGCCGAGGGUCCUCCUCUGGGGAGGGGAUGUGUGCUGUGUGCGGGGACAAUGCAGCCUGUCAGCACUAUGGCGUGAGGACCUGCGAGGGAUGCAAAGGCUUUUUUAAGAGGACCGUGCAGAAGAAUGCAAAAUACGUCUGUCUGGCGAACAAAAACUGUCCGGUGGACAAGAGGCGGCGCAAUCGAUGCCAGUACUGCAGGUUCCAGAAGUGUCUUAGCGUAGGCAUGGUUAAAGAAGUGGUCCGCACAGACAGUUUAAAAGGGAGAAGAGGUCGUCUGCCCUCCAAACCAAAAAGUCCUCUUCAGGAACCAUCCCCUCCCUCACCUCCAAUCAGUUUGAUGAAUGCUCUUGUGCGGGCACUUGUGGACUCCACCCCCAGCAGCCACAAUUACACUCAGUUCUGCGCUGCUGAACAGCCGACAUCUGGCGCUGAUGCUGAUUAUGUCCGUCAAUUCUAUGGCCUCCUCGCCACAUCUGUGGAGGUCACACAGAGCUGGGCCGAAAAAAUACCAGGAUUCAGUGACCUCCCUAAGGAAGAUCAGACUUUACUUAUUGAAUCUGCUUUCCUCGAACUCUUUGUACUGAGACUUUCCCACAGAUCUGCUCCAUCAGAGGAUAAGUUUGUAUUCUGUAAUGGGCUUGUCUUGCAUCGACUUCAGUGCCUUCGUGGAUUUGGUGAAUGGCUUGACACGAUCAAGGACUUCUCUACAAAUUUACAGAGCCUUAAUUUUGAUGUCUCAGCUUUUGCAUGUCUAGCAGCUCUAGUUAUGAUCACAGAUCGCCAUGGGUUAAAAGAACCAAAGAAAGUGGAAGAGUUGCAAACCCGAAUCGUCAGCUGCCUGAAGGAACACGCGUUAUUUAACAGUACCGGGGAAAACAAAGGGCAGCCAUGGUCCAAGGUGCUAGGCAUCAUACCUCAGUUGCGUACUCUUUGCACGCAGGGGCUCCAACGCAUCUUUUACCUAAAAUUAGAGGACCUAGUGCCACCCCCAGCUAUUAUUGACAAGCUAUUUCUGGAUACACUGCCUUUUUGAGACGUCUUACCUCUAUCUUCUUGGCAAGCUAGUGCACACUUCAGUGGAUUGUGAUGAAAACAACAGCUGGUGAACUGGCUUCUGUCCCCUAGAAAGCAGCUCGAACUACCCACGUCCAAGGACUUCUCCUGGCGCUUUACUCUGCAGGAUCCGAUACAUUAAAAAAAAUAAAAACUGUCUGCUUGCUGCUUAUGGGAAUUGCUGACGUGCCACUUGGGAACGAGACCCGUCAUGAUAGAAAUGAUUAUCUGACGUUUUUCAGUCUGUAACAUGUCGUCCCAACGUUCUUGGGUGAUAGGAAACUUUUUAAAAAUGUCAACAACAAAAUUGUUACAAAGGUAGUACGCUUUUUAUUGUGAUUGAUGCCUUUAGUAUAGCUCCUGAUGUGUCAUAUGUACAGCAAAUAGUGGUGCAAGAAGGCAUCUCUGAUGAUAAAUUCUGAUUUUAAAAUGCAGCGAUAAAAGGCUGGCUCUCACGUUCAAGUGCAAUUUUUUUGAAAGUGCUACAACUUGGAAAUUUUUUUUGUUGGUUUUGAUUUUUUUUAAACUCUAAUUUAUUGUAAUACUAAAAGAAUUUGAAAUACAGGAUUUGUUGGCACUAACUUUACUGACAAAGUUACCUGAACUUGAAUUAUAAUGAUAUUUGUACUGAUACAUAUAUAUGUGACGUGGGGACACUUUGUGAACCGGAAGAGCACUUAAACAUUGCUUAGAGAAAAAUAUACGGAGUAUUAAAAAAAACACACUUUUUUAAUUUUUAACAAUCUUUUAUGCAGUGUUUUAAAGGAUGAUCACAGAGCUUGGACGUAAGAAUAUUGAAGUACAAGGGCAAGAUCUUCUGAGUCAGAAUUGGUUAAUCCACCAGACUGUUUUACAAAUCAAGCAGGUCUUACUGAAUACUGUAGUUGUGAGAAUGUAGGUGCUAGAAGGGAUGCAGUCAGCUGCAUUAUACAUUCCGUGUUCGUAAAAGUUUUUGUAUGAUGUUUAUACUGUUGAUGCCAUAUACUAAUACAAAAAUACUUUUGUUGCAUAAUGUCUUUAUUUGUAUAAAGAUUAUAUGCAUGUUAUUGUAAUGGCUUUGCCUGUAUUUAUUGCGACAAUUGCCAGUUGCUCAGAGUAACUCUGCAGGCUGAAUUCAGGAACCCUAGCUGUUAAAGGGCAGUGCCUUGCUUUUGACAACGGAGUGUAUUCACAAACCAUCUCUGUGCUCCUUCAGCAUUUGACAGUGUUUUAUCGUGUUAACCUGUGUGUUUUCAGAUAUUCAGUACAUUGUACAUAGACAGAAAUGUAAAUUAAAAUAUUAAAUUGAA